AUGGGUUACAGAGUGUAUGUAGAAUUAAAAAAAGAGAACAGAGAAUUUGGGGUGUAUCCUUUGUGCAUAACAACUAUUGAAAAAGAACUUGUAUCCGGAGGUAGUUUAAAUCAAGGCGACAUUGUGCAAAUAGACGAAGCAGGUCAAAGGUACGAUUCCGAUAUAGAUGAUACACUGGCUCUAGAUUUUGUCAAUUCAGGAGAAGCGAUUGGAGUGUUCGAACUCCACAAGGAUUUGAUAACUUCAAAAACUAAUCAAAGGGAGGUUAUGGCUGGACAACUGUCUAAUGCUGUCAGCUAUACAUUAUUAUGUAUUUCAAAAGAUUGUGAAUGGAGGUUUAAGGCUUCAAGCAUUAACAGAUCAGAACUAUUCAAAGUGAGAGAAUUCAUUGAUAACCAUACAUGUCCGCUGAAGGACAAGGUGUAUGAGCAGCGGCAGGCAAGUAGCAGCCUUAUAGGUGGUAUGAUAAGGCCUAAGCUUACUAAUCAUAAAAGGAAAUACACCCCAAAGGAUAUUAUUGAUGAUGUGAAAUCAGAUUUAGGUGUAUUUGUUAGCUACAUGUUGGCGUGGAGGGCUAAAGAAAAGGGGUUUGAUCACUGUAGACCCAUUGUUGUUGUGGAUGGAAGUCACCUAAAAUCUUACUACACCGGGACAUUCGUUUCGGCAAGCACGUCGGAUGGUGCAGGUCAUAUAUUGCCACUAGCAUAUGGUGUUAUUGAUUCAGAGAACGAUGCUGCUUGGACGUGGUUCUUUGAGCAAUUCAAGAUAGCAUACGGUGACAGAGAAAACAUGUGCAUCGUUUCAGAUAGAAAUGAGAGUAUCAUUAAAUCUGUAUCGAGAGUGUAUCCAGAUGUACCGCAUUUUGCUUGUAUAUGGCAUCUAUGGAACAACGUAUAUAAGAAAUUCAAAAAGAGCCAUGCCAAGUUGAGCGAGAUAUACUUCUCGAUGGCAAAAGCAUACACACAAGCUGAAUUUGACAGUCUGAUGGAGAAAGUGGAGAAGGCAGAUAUUAGGGUGAAAGAAUACUUAGAGUUAGCUAGUUACGAAAAGUGGGCUAGGUUGUAUGCACCUGUUAAUAGGGGAUGGACAAUGACGUCAAAUAUUGCUGAGUCAAUCAAUGCCACACUAGUUUCAGCAAGGGAAUUGCCAAUAUACGACUUCCUCGAAGAAGUUAGGAAGAUGUUUGGACGUUGGAAUUGUAGUAACCGCAAAGAAGCUACACAGACAUACACGACGCUUGGAAAAAAAUACCAGGAGAUGCUCACUUUGAAUGAGGCAAUGUCUACACGUAUGACUGUGGUACCAUCAACUGAAUACUUACAUACGGUUAACGAUGGAGGGAGGAAUUACACAGUCUGCCUGUUAGAGAGAAAAUGUGUUUGUGGGAGGUUCCAAGUUGAUGAAUUGCCAUGCCCACAUGCUUGGGCUGUAUUGAAGAGCAAGUUUCUAAUGCCAGAAGAAUAUUGCUCUAACUAUUACAAACCAAAUACUAUUGUAAUGACAUACGAUGUGCCUGUGUACCCGCUACCGGACAGAAAUGACUGGAAUAUACCAGCACAUGUUGCAGAGGAGGUUGUACUACCACCCAAAUGGAAAAGACCUCCUGGAAGGCCAAAGAAGAAGCGCGAUAAAUCUUUAAGUGAAUUGCUGCAGCCGAAAAAUUAA